UGUCACAUAUACAAGUACAUAACAAGCUACUGACCUCAAUCAUUACAGUCGCGUCAGCCCCUGAUCUUACGUGAUUACAGAGAGGUAGUUAAAAUGUUCGUUGCUGGUGUAUUUCUAUUGCUUAUUGUUGCCUUGCUUUCGUUUCGUGUUCUACGAAAUUAUUCGAAAAUACUGUCAAACUUCAAACACUUACCAUGCAUGAAGAGUUGGCAUCUAAUCGGCGAUAUACCAAGAAUACGCGGAAAUAAUAAAGAGCGUUUUGGAAAACUGAUGAAAAUCUGUGAAGAAUUUCGAGAACACGGCGUACUUUGUUUCUGGUUUGGUCUCCGACCUACUCUUUAUGUUUUCAAAGAUAAAUAUAUACAAGAUGUAAUUGGCAACACAAAACACAUAGAAAAAAGCUUUUUCUAUAAAUUUGCACACUCCUGGUUAGGAAAUGGUUUGCUGACUAGUACAGGAUCCAGAUGGUUCAAAUCGAGGAAGAUGUUGACGCCAUCCUUCCAUUAUAACAUUUUGAACAAUUUCCUAAUUGUAAUGCAGAACCAAUCGAAUAUACUGUGUAACAAUCUGGACAAAAUGGUUGGCAAGGGAGAAUUCGAUGUUCGCUCACAUAUUGCAAAUUGUACGCUGGAUAUUAUAACAGAAACUGCUAUGGGUCAAUGUGUGAACGCUCAAGGUGACGAUGGAAAUUCAGAAUACAUCUAUAGUGUUAAAAGGAUGACUGAUAUUAUUAGUUAUCAACUACAAUCUCCGUGGUUAUGGCCAGAUCUUAUCUUCAAUUUGCAUCCUUUGGGGAAAGAAGCAACCAAGUGUUUAAAAGUCCUUCACGGUUUUACCAAUAAAAUGAUUAAAGAUCGCAGUGAACUGUACCUAGAAAACCGGAAGAAAAGCUCCAAUAAUAAAGACGAAGAUGAAGAGAGUCGUGGAAAGAAAAAACUGGCAUUUUUGGAUACUCUCCUCGACAAAUUGCAUGAAGGGGAAAUAGACCAAACAAUGUUGAGAGAAGAGGUGGACACAUUUAUGUUUGAGGGUCAUGACACAACAUUAGCAGGAAUAUCAUGGACUUUAUACUUCAUAGCCGCUUAUCCAGAUGUACAAAAGAAGUUACAGAAAGAAAUCGAUAAUUUUUAUGGCGAAAAUGAAGAACCUACACUGACCAACCUUAAGAAACUAAUUUAUCUGGAAUGUGUUAUCAAGGAAGUUCAACGCCUUUAUCCAUCAGUUGCAGUUAUGGGACGACUGGCCGCUGAAAAUUUCAAAGUUGGUCCGUAUGAAGUAAAGAAAGGUACAUCUAUCUCAAUAAUGAUUUCUGCUCUGCAUAGAGAUCCAAAAAACUUCCCCGACCCGGAUAGAUUUGAUCCUGAUAGAUUUCUUACAGAAGAUAGGAACAUCCAUCCAUAUGCUUUCAUACCUUUCUCAGCAGGACCUCGUAACUGUAUAGGACAAAGAUUUGCCAUGAUAGAAGAGAAAGUCGUGUUAUCACGAAUCAUCCAGAGAUUUAAUCUUGAAACAACACAAAAAAGAGAAGAACUUGAACCGUCUUUAGAAUUGGUACUCAGACCUCUUAAUGGCAUUCGCCUCAAAUUCACUCAUCGAUAAUUGUUGUAAUUACGUGCAUUUAUGUUCAAUUCUUGAACGUCUUGAGAUGUUAUUUUUAUUUAAAACUAUUUGUUUAAUAUUAUUCACAAAUGCUCAAUAAA